AUGCACCCCAUCUUCCGUCGGCUCCGUCGAUCACCGAAACCCAAAUUUCUUCAUGGGAUUCCCAACAAUAGUCUCUUUGUUAUCGCCAUCCUCAUCGGAGUCAACGUUUUAGUAUGGAUCGCUGUCGCAAUCGUCCUUCGCUUCCACCCCGCACUCAUCUCCCCAGCGGCUUUAUCUUAUGUCCUCGGCUUGCGUCACGCUUUAGAUGCCGACCACAUCGCGGCAAUCGAUCUCAUGACACGACGCCUUAUCGCAUCAGGGCAACGACCCGCUACUGUGGGAACCUUCUUUUCACUCGGUCACAGUACCAUUGUCAUUGUGACUUGUAUCGUCGUUGCUGCCACAAGCGGUGCUCUGAGGGACCGCUUUGAUGGGUUCCAGCGCGUCGGUAACAUAGUAGGAACGAGCGUCAGUGCCGCUUUUCUUAUCAUUCUUUGCAUUGGAAAUGGUUGGGUUUUGUAUAAGCUAGUUCAACGUCUGCAGGCCAUCCUUCGUGAUCGAAGAGAUCACGCCCACCUACAAGGGUUUUCAGAAGAGGAAACUCAAAUCCAAGAUCACUUUGCUCUUGAAGGAGGUGGAUUCCUUACAAGAGUGUUUAAAAGACUAUUUCGUGUUAUCGAUCGGCCGUGGAAGAUGUACCCACUGGGUGUAGUCUUCGGUCUCGGGUUCGACACGAGUUCAGAGAUAGCUAUUCUUGGUAUCGCCAGCAUCCAGGCUGUGCAAGGGACAAGUAUCUGGCUCAUUCUAGUUUUUCCAAUUCUAUUCACCGCUGGGAUGUGUAUGCUCGACACGACCGACGGUGCUCUCAUGAUGGCUCUCUACACUUCGGAUGCCUUUUCAAGAGACGUCGUAGCGAUUCUAUACUACUCUAUAGUCCUAACCAGCAUAACUGUUGUCGUCUCCGCCUUUAUUGGAAUCGUCCAACUUCUCUCCCUUAUUCAGAAUGUUGCUGACCCUCAGGGGGGAUUUUGGGAUGGGGUAUCUGCCAUCGGUGACCACUUUGACAUUAUCGGCGGAAGUAUAUGCGGCGUCUUUGUCAUUGUUGGUUUGGGUUCAAUACUCUUGUACAAACCUUGGAGGCGACGUGUUGAGAAGAAGAAUGCGCAAGCCCUCAUCGGAAGUAACGAGGGAGUCAUUGCGAGUACUCCCUCACCACUCGUCUCUCCGUCAACACCGAGUGAUCAUCACAGUGGCGACUACAUCGGUGUACAAAGUUUACAGAGGAUUAUGUGA